GCAAACAAAUUCCACAUUCUACAAACUAUCAUAAGUCCAUAAAAACAAGGAUGGCAGCCCUUUCUUUACUAAGUCACAAUGCAAUCAGAAAUCAGCAACAUCGUGGGGUUUUAGUAGAAGAAAUAGAAGGCCUUAUAAAGGUGUAUAAAGAUGGGCGUGUCGAAAGACCGCCCAUCAUACCGAAUGUCCCUUGCACGAGCAUUCAACCCGAACUCAGGGUAACAUCAAGGGACAUUAUAAUCGACCGAUUCACUAAUCUGUCUGUGCGUGUUUAUGCACCGCAAGUCCAAGGAAAGGUUCCAGUACUAGUCUACUUCCAUGGAGGAGGCUUUUGUGUAGGCUCCGCUUCAUGGAGUUGCUACCACAACUUCACAGCCAACUUAGCGUCUAAAGUUGGCUGUGUAGUCGUAUCAGUAAACUACCGUCUAGCUCCUGAGAACCGCCUUCCUGCUGCCUAUGAUGACGGGUACAAUACCAUUAUGUGGGUGAAACAGCAAGCUGCCUAUGGUGGUAGUAAUACCGAGCAUUCUUGGUGGCUUAGUCGAUGCAAUUUGUCGAGUUUUUUCUUAGCCGGAGACAGUGCAGGGGCUAAUAUAGCACAUAAUGUGACACUAAAAAUUGCUGCAGAAACUGGCAAUUUUAGGCCAGUUUUUCAUAAGGGGACUAUCUUGAUUCAGCCGUUUUUCGGAGGAGAAACUCGCACUGCAUCCGAGAAAGUGUCGCAGCCACAGGGCUCGGCACUGACCUUAUCAGCAGCAGAUACUUAUUGGAGAUUAUCCCUUCCUGUAGGCUCGAAUCGAGAUCAUCCCUGGUGCAAUCCCUUAGUAAAUGGUGCAAGUAAAUUGAAGGGUGCACAACUUCCUGCUACCAUGGUGUGCAUUUCAGACAUGGAUAUUUUGAUGGAUAGGAACAUAGAGUUCUGUUCUGUAAUGGCUAAUGCAGGAAAAACAGUAAAAAUUGCAGUAUAUAAAGGCGUUGGACACGCCUUUCAGAUCUUGAAUAGCUCUCAUCAUUCGAAAUCUCGAACACAAGAGAUGAUUGCACAUAUAAAAGCUUUCAUCAAUAACUGAACAUAUUGAAUUGUGAUAUACUGAUAUUACUUCGCGGGUGUUUAGCAAAAUAGAUCGUUUGUGAUUGAAUUUAGCCAGUUUGGUAGAUUAGCUGGUUGAAAUAAGCUGUGCCCACCAACGUGUUUAAAAUCAGUUUGUCACACCAACUAUCAACUAUCAGCCGUUUACAAGACACGUCUUUUUUUUUAAGUUCGUUUGUGAUUGAAUUUAGGUGUUAAUUAGAGUAGUGUUUGAUGAAUCCCUCGUUCAUGAAAAUGCUAUUUUUUGUAGUUUGUACAGUAUUUGAAUUGUGAAGUUUUAGGUUUGCCCAUAAGAAGUUUAAAGUAUUUUGUUGAAGUACAUGUUACUUUUGUAUGAUUCCACUAUUGGAUAUUCCAAAUACCCUAGAAAAAUUUUAUAUUCAGUUU